AUGAAUCAAGAUAGUACAGUUAUAAUAGAUAAUGGAUCUGGAUAUAUAAAGGCUGGAUUCUCAGGGAACAAUGCACCUCAAUCAGUGUUCCCAUCAGUGUUGUCAAAGGUGGCUGGUGUAGGAGGUACCAACUACUACUUUGGUGAGGACGCUGUUAACAUGGCCGGAAUGAUGCCAUUGACAUACCCAAUUCAACGUGGAGUGGUCAAUAACAACAACUGGGACGAUAUGACCAAGAUAUGGGAGCACACAUUCUCCACCGUCCUCAAUGUCCAACCAAGUGAUCGUAGAGUACUCCUGACAGAGGCGCCUCGCAACCCAAAGAUGAACCGCGAGAGGAUGGCCAAGAUCAUGUUUGAGACAUUCCAAACACAAGCCCUGUGCAUUGCUCCCACUGACUACCUGUCAUUGACAGCAUCUGGUCGUGACACAGCAAUCAUAAUCGAUUCAGGCUAUGGAGUCACCAACAUUGUGCCAUAUAUUGAUGGAGUGGCACUCAAGAACACCACUCAUCAUGCCAUGGGUGGACGUGAUGUUGACAACUACAUGAUCGAGCUCAUGUCUGAUUUUGGAACAUCACUACCAUCAGCCAACAAGAAUGUGAUUGCCAGCGCGAUCAAGGACAAGCUCGCAUACGCCACACAAGACUGUGAAGCAGACAUGAAGAAUCAGUCAAAGGAGGCGUACACACUACCAGAUGGAAUGGAGAUAAUGGUUGGUCCCGAGCGUUUCCUGUGUACCGAGGGAUUGUUUGAUCCAUCACUCUUUAGCAUGGUCCUCGCUGGCACGACUGGUAUCACUCAAGGACUGCUCAGCUGCAUCAACAAGGCCGAUAUAGAUGUCCGUGGCAGCCUGUGUGACAAUGUCAUUAUCUCUGGUGGCAUGAACAGACUGCGAGGUAUGACACAUCGCAUUGAAAAGGAGGUCAGCAAGGUAGCUCCACGUAUGAAGUUGCACAUUGAGAUUAAUCGCAAGGAAGCUGCAUGGGUGGGAGGCUCAAUCCUUGCUUCCAAAGCAUCAUUCCAAGAGAGCAAGUUCGUCACCAAGUCUCAAUACGAAGAACAUGGUCCAUCCAUUAUCCAUGAGAUUUGUAGAUUCUAG